AUGAUGGAGGGAUAACAGACACAUCUAUUGCGAAAAUGCAAACUAUAGAAUCGGGUUUAUACGUACACAACGAUUCGCUGGUGCAAGAAGGUGGGCACAACAAUGAUGACAUUUGUGAAAUAGAAAUUGAAGCAGUAAAUCUAGCAGAUUCAACACAAAAGCAACUAAAAGAGAAGGGAAAGGAUAUAUGCACAGAUGUCGAUAUUGAAAAAGAGAAAGAUAUGGUGGACGAUCCAGUCACGUUAGAAGAAUUGCAAUCGACUGAAUCACUUUUGAAAUUGGCACCCCCUACAUAUGAAGAACAACCCGAUGUGGUAUAUAAAACUAGGGGUGUGCAAUAACCGAACCGUUAACCGAAACCG